AUGUCGAUAUAUCCACCAAAUUUUCAGUGUCCAGUUGAUCUUUCAGUUACUUUGCUAAUUUCAGCACUGCACCUGCAUAUUCUGAGCAACGAGAAGCUUCGACAGAGUUAUGACGAAGGUAACGGACCCGCCCCAAACGAUCUGAGUUUCGAUGCUGAGCAAAUGCUCAGAGAAUUUGAAAAGGCCUUCAACAAGGAGGGCAAAAUAGAAUCCAACAGAAGGCCGGUGACCAUACCCAUACAACUCAAUUUUCUCGCUGCAGUGAAGGGGUGUGAGGUAGAUGUGUCCUAUAGACUCAAGGAGAAGUGCGUACCAUGCAAAGGCUCCGGGGCUACGGCUGGGAGCCCUGCGCACGUGGUGUGUUCUAAGUGUGGCGGCGGGGGACUGGUGAUGAUGCCUGCUUUCUUCAUACUCGAGGCGCAUGAGAUUGACUGUCCGAAAUGCAGCGGUGAAGGUGUGAUCGUACCGGAACCGUGCCGAAGUUGUUUUGGUCGUGGAGCCGAGCAUUCGACCGUAAAUAAGAAAGUACAAAUCCCGCCGGGUGUGGUCAAUGGCCAAGAGAUUCUGCUAGAAAAGUCUGGCCAGGCGGUUGUAAUGCUGCAUGUUGAUGAGAGUAGCAAGACCUUCAAAAGGAAAGGUAUGGACAUCUUCUCAACGAUCGAAGUGUGUGCGCUGAGAGCGGCUCUUGGGGACGUACCGUGCAACAUGGAGACGGUUCACGGAACACACUCGGUCGUGUUGCCUUCAGGCACGCAGCACGGUGAUGAGGUGCGCUUAGCUGGGAAGGGUAUUCAAAGUCUGGAAGCUGAUAUACCGCCAGGCGCCCACGUCGGUGUGGUCAGGAUAGUGGUGCCAAGAUUGCUGACGAGCUCUCAGUCUGAACGAUUAAAGAAGUUUGAUGCUACUUAAAUAAAACUCUAAGUGAAUAAACUAGUAUCCGCCUGAACGGCA